GUCAAGUUGCACAUUUUUAAUAUUUUGAUAUAUAUAUAUAUUAUAUAUAUAUAUGUUACGCUUUAUUCAAUGUUAUAGUUACAAGCAAGUUUGAAGUGACAUUUCACGGAGAAGCCAUGUAAAGCCAAAGGAUGUUAUAUAUCCCAAGAGAAUAAGACGCAAUGAAUAAAGACGGCGACAGAAUCAGUAAUCAAAAUCAGACGGAUGGCGCUCAUCGCAUUGUAUCUGGAACAGAAGUGGAUGAAAUUAAAGGUAAUGACUCAAGCUUAAACAUGGAAAAAAGAACUCCUAAAAACAAUGGUAAACAAGCAGAAAGAAACGAGACACAUUUACCACCCGAUGUCGGCUUCACGGAUAACAAUGUUCCUGGAACAGAUGUUCCGCUGAGCAGGAUACAUAAAAACAGUGUUUCGAGCAGCAAUAACUUGGAUGAAUACAAUGACAUAUCUGAACAAACGGAGACGGGAGUAGUAGCUGAGAAUAGUCGAGGUGAAAGUGAACCCAUAUCUCUUCACCCAGAUAUUCAACAUAAUAAGGAAAAGGGAGCAAUACCGAAGAAAUGUGUUGCACACAUAGAAGAUAUAAUACGGAAAGGACAUAAUAAGAUUAAAGUUGAUACUGACCAAGACGAACAUGACAAACAAAGCGAUUUAAACAAUUCAGCAUCUCGUCAUUCAGAUGAUAAUGUAAAAGAUAAAAUUGAUGAGGAAGUUGAUAUUUAUCUACAAAAUAAAAAGAAAGAAGACAAGAACAUUAUUAUCAAAGCUGUCAUGAAAUAUAUCUGUGCUUGUCUGAACUCUGAUGGAGGUGUUGUUAAACUAAAAAAUCACCACUGGAAAAAGGCAAUUGGCAAAGACUUAGAUGACUGGUAUAAUGAUUUGGAAAAACAAUUAUUUGAUGAUUCAAGUAAAUUCAUCGAAUUAGAAGGAAAGUACCAUGACGAACUUUUAUUUUUACGGAUAAGACCGUUGAAUUAUAUUUUUUCUGUUGACAUGUACCUAUAUUUUCCCAGAAAUACAGAUAUUGUUGCAGUAAGAUACAAUCAAGCCAUUGAUAUUCUCCGCACAUAUGACAAAUCAGGUUCACUGACUGAACUGCCAGCUGUUGCAGGAGAUUUUGAGUAUAAAAAGACACAGUCAACACUAAGCGAGAAUGAUCAGAUACAGUUCAAAGAAAUAAAAAGUGCAAAGGUUCCUAGCAAAUUCAGCAGCAUGAUCAACAAAUACAUAUCGGCGUUUUGUAAUCAUAAAGGUGGAAGGAUCUUUUUUGGUAUAGAAGACAAGGAGUUUAAAGUUGUUGGAGUCCCACUAACAGAACUGGACAAAGAAUCAAUAACUAGAAUAAUGUACGCUAAGAUGGACCAAACCAUGAAAUGGGGCUGUGACAGCAAAUCAUAUGUGUAUGGAACUCAUUGGAGCAUUGAUUUCCUGCCAGUAAAAAUUCCAGACAAUAUUAACGUGACCAUUCCAGAAGGAACGUCUCUGGAGGUUAUCAUUGUGUCAGUGUGUAGAUAUCCCGGUGGAGUAUUUACUGACACACCGAAUGCGUAUUACAUCCGGAAAAAAGACAGAACUAUCCAACAGUUCACUUUCCAAGAAUGGAAGACCAAAAUGAUUUCUUCACACAAAGGUAUUCCAUUUACCCAAGGAUGUGGUGAGGUCUUGCAAACGUCAGUAGACAAUUUAUCCGAUGACGUAUCAGAUGCGAAUAAAACCGUCCAUCAUACACAGAGAGACGUAUUGAAUAUAAAAGAAAUUGUCAGUGAUACAGCUAGCAAUGUCUCAGUUAUAAAAGAGAUUGUCGAAGGUGGAAGCUUACCUUCUCAAAAACCAAAAAGAUCAUGGGGGACAGAAGUUUUGCAAAAAGAAAAUCGCGAGAUCUUUCAAGUACCUAGUAAUCUGUUUGAACACCAUGUAACACACGAUUACAAGUGUACAAGAAAUGAUGUAAACCUUCAGGAAAUUCUGGAAAAACACAAAUGUGUAACAGUGAAAGGAUACAUAGGUACGGGAAAGUCACAACUAGCCCUUAAUUACGGACUUCAAAUGAAAAAGGAUAACAAUUUAGUUUGGAAGUUUGAGUGUAGCAACAUUCAAGAGCUAUGGCGAUCAAUGGCUUAUCUCUUGAAAGAACUUCGAUUUAAAAUUAAAGACACAGAAAAUAAAAAAGAUGACAUCCUUUUCAUGGCAAGAACUAUCAAUGAAUAUCUCGAGAAAAAUCAUACAAGAAUGCAUAUUUUAAUAUUUGAAGACGUAAUUGAUGACUCCAGAAAUAUAAUUGAGACUUUCAUCAAUGUAUAUUUGGCAAAAAGAGGCAACCUGAAAGUUUUAGUUACGUCAUCUUUAUCAGUGACUGAAAUAGAAUUGGAAAUUGUUGGUUUUUCUGAAGAAGAAGCAAUAGAUUUUAUCGAUGCUAUAGAGGCAAACGAUGCUGAACGAGAAGAACUUGUCAAAGCAUUCAGUUGCAAUCCUUUAGGACUGAAAAUUGCUAUAAGAUACAUAAAGCAUUGCCAAAUAUCAGUUGGGGCAUUUCUUGGAAAACUUAGCGUACCAAAAGGUGCAUUAGAAAUUGAAAAUUCCCCAGUCAUUGCCCAGCGCUGCGAACUUAAACCACUAUUUCAGUCCUUACAUCUUAUUCUUAGUGACAUUCACUCAAAAGAUCCAAGCAUAUUACAAAGAAUAUUACUGAUGCAAUUUCUGGGAUCGGACAAGAUACCUGCAAUCCUGCUAGAAAACGCACAUCUAAAUUUUUUUUCUGGGAAAAUAAAAGAGGAAGGAAGGAGUAACGGCCCUUUGGAGCGUAUCGAUGAUGUAAUUUCCACAUUGAAGCACUAUUCAUUUGCUAGCGUCAGCGGGAUAGACGAGGAAAGAGUUCUUCAUACACACAGUGCUAUAUUAUUGGCAACGGAGAACUACACUUCUGAGUCAAAUGAUAUAACAGUUAUGGACAUGUUGAAAGCUCUUCUUUGGGCAGUGGUUUCCUUAAUGCACAAGGAUAAUAGAAUGAAAGCCGAUUUAGACAGACACAUAUACUUAUUACCAUAUGCUGAAUCUAUUUUGAACCGUACACGUAAAUUGUUAGAGAUUACUAACAAGGCUGAAACAAAACAAUUUAUGGACGACCUUUCAUUUUCUUUACCUCUUGUUUAUGUGAGUGAUAUUGUUGGAUACACUUAUGAUUUCGAUGAAAUGCAUCAUUUCGGAGAAGUUUAUUUCCAAUAUGCUAAAUCAUACUUUAUAGAAAUGGUGGGAAUGAGUGUGUUAAGUCAUGGCAAUACAAUUGAAGAUAUACAGAUAAAUGCGAAGAAAACAGCAACUCAACUAAAUCGAAAAAUGGCAAGUAUUUUAAAACAAAAUACAAAAAUGCUCAAUACUGUUGGUAAAUGGUAUAUUCUCAAUAAACACAGAUCACGAGACGAAUUAGAAAUCAUACAGAAUGGAUUGCAGAAGGCUGGGAAAUCACUUAACGGCAAAUUGAGAACAGACGAAGAUUUAAAUUUACUUUGUGAAAAUAAACUAGCAGUUCCAAAGAAGAGGAUAGGCUACUUUUACUUUUUUGAAGUAGGUAUUUCACUCUUGUAUAGCUACGGCAGACGACUUUUCUAUACCGUGGACAAAACCUCAGAUUCUCUCGCGGGGUAUUAUUGUUACUUUUUGUAUGUUGCCGAUCAUUUGAGUAAUAUAGUGGAUGCAUUAAACCCUGAGUGGAAAAUUCUACACAGUUUGCUUACAAAACGAAGUGGAACUAUCCAACAAGCAAUCGAGAAUUCACACUUUCCUGAAACUGACUUGAAAAAAUUGAAAAAUAUAGCAGAGCGAUGCUUAUAUUCAGUAGAAGACAAAAGCAGCAGAUACUUUCUUUUUGGAACAGUCUUUAUGGAAACAGACAGCGAUGUAUUCAACAAGGUGAUAUGGCUGAAGCAACUCGUGAGAUGUUACAAAAGAAUGCUGAAAGUAGCGGAAGAUGAAUCAGAAAGGGAUGAAAUUGAACAAAAGGGCAAGGAUCAUGUAAAUCACCUUUAUGGUUUAAUUCAAGAGUUCAAGCACACAUCAUCUUUCCCGAGUUUAUUACUAUGUAUUGGAGAGUUUUAUCAAUGCAUACGUGACUUUCACAGAGCCAGAAUCACUUUUCGCCAGUUAUAUUCCAAACCAACACAACCGGAACAGAAAGUGAAAGCUCGAAAACACGAGAGGAAAGCUUACAUUUAUUAUCUACAGUGCUUCCUAUUAGAACAAAGAAAGAAUAAAUCAGAAAAUUUACAAAAUGAAGCAUGCGUCGAAUUAGAAGAUGCAGCAUGUAAAGAAGUAGAAAAUCUGAUCCCAAAUUGUCACAAAAUUGUGAUGAAUCAUGCAGAAGAGAAAAUGGAGCUGGAACACAUUUUGUUUAUGUCUACACCAGAGAGUAUUCUGAAGCACGAGGAAAGAGCAUGUAUUCAGUAUCUAAAUAGCCGUUUACGGCAUUUACAGUAUGGUAGUUUAAAUAGACAUGACUAUAAUCUGCACGUGAAAGAAAUCGAAGAACUUUUGCAAAAAUUUUCUGACAUGCCAUUAAAACAUGAAAUGUUAGGACUAGCCGAUAUGAAAAGUCAAUUCUGCCUUUUAGAAAAGAAACAAACAUUUUAAACGUUUAAUUGCGACAUUUAAAGCUAAGUUUAACGCGUUAAAUCAAUUCAUCAAUUUAUGCAGCACAAUCACCUUUCAAAUUUAGUAAAAAAAUAUUAGAUCUGCAAAUUAACGGUAGCAACUUUGUGUUUUUUCCUCUGCCGGAUUUCAACCUAUGCUUCUGUGAACUCAUGACAACACCACCUGUACUGUCUUAUGAUAUAGACUACUCAAACAACUAAGCUUAAUUAAACAAAAUAGCUUUUGUUCGUCGAGUAAUGACUUUCCUGGUCGGUUUUAUCUGUAACACUUUAUGACGUAUUAUAGCAUGCACAUGAACUACCUUGUAGAUAAGAUUUUUUCAUGUUUGUCGUAAAAGAUAACAAUAUUUUCUAUGCAUUCACAUCCAUAUCAUUUUAAUAUAUAUGUCUAAAUAUGUGACAUCUUUGUGACAGACGUUCUCAAUCAGAUAAACUAGGAUUAUACAGGGCUAUAAACACUAGAUACAUAUACCUUUAGCCCAACAAUAUCAGAUCUGCAAAAUUUGUGGCGAUAUCGAUGUCACAGAGACGUUGGCUCAAAUACUGCAGAAAAAAUCAAAUUUUCAUGGAAAGUAAUUUCAAUUCCUUGUGUUUGUAAAAAAAUAAUUAUUUAUAUAAAAUAUCUUGCAAUCUU